GGUCCGACAGGCAUGACGGUGAAGAGAAACUGGGUCACCGACAGAAAAUCGUUUAUGUCACAGUUCUAUGGACUGCUAUUACGCGUUAUUCACUGACUUUAAAUGGAUCCUGACUUCUGCUGAAUGUACUAGUUGGACUAGUUGUGCCUGUAGCUGAAACAUAAGAUCAUAUCGAGGCAAGGAGGACUAAACCCCACCAAACCGAAUGAAACUAGGUCAGACCGAAUCCCAUCAGACCCAGACCAAUUCAACACGGAGCAGACCAGACUGAUCCACCCAAAGCCAGGGCCAUCCAGGAGCGCUGUUCCAGUCUCCAGUCCAGUUGAGGGCUCCAGUGUGGAUGGAAGGAGAUGAUUUUAACACAGAAGCUGUGAUGAACAUCUGUGAUGACCUGAUGGCAGAUCAAAGGAUGGACAUCUCGUCUACCAUGUCAGACUUCAUGUCCCCGGGCUCCACUGAUCUCAUCUCCAGCUCCAUCAGCACGCCCGGCAUGGACUACACCCGCAAGAGGAAGGGGAGCACCACGGACUACCAAAUUGACGGAUUUUCAUUUGAUGACAUGGACCCAGACAAGGAUAAACUGGGGAGUGACCAACAGGGCCGGAUAAAAAAUGCCAGGGAAGCUCACAGUCAGAUCGAGAAGAGGCGUCGGGAUAAAAUGAACAGCUUCAUCGAUGAGCUGGCUUCGCUGGUGCCCACAUGCAACGCCAUGUCCCGCAAACUGGACAAGCUCACAGUGCUGCGCAUGGCUGUCCAGCAUAUGAAGACACUCAGAGGUGCUGCAAACCCAUACACAGAAGCAAACUACAAACCUUCUUUUCUCUCAGACGAUGAGCUCAAACACUUAAUAUUGCGAGCAGCAGAUGGGUUCCUCUUUGUUGUUGGGUGUGAUCGUGGCAAAAUCCUCUUUGUUUCCGAAUCUGUUUAUAAGAUUUUAAACUACAGUCAGAAUGACUUGAUUGGACAGAGUCUGUUUGACUACCUUCACCCCAAGGAUAUCGCAAAGGUCAAAGAACAGCUGUCGUCUUCUGAUACAGCUCCACGAGAGAGGCUCAUCGACGCUAAGACUGGUCUUCCCGUUAAGACAGACAUCACCCCCGGACCCUCUCGACUGUGCUCGGGGGCCAGACGCUCCUUUUUCUGCAGAAUGAAGUGUAACAGGCCGUCUGUCAAAGUGGAGGACAAAGACUUCCCUUCAACCUGCUCCAAGAAAAAAGCUGAUCGAAAGAGCUUCUGCACCAUCCACAGCACAGGCUACCUGAAGAGCUGGCCUCCCACAAAGAUGGGCCUUGAUGAAGACAAUGAGCCAGACAAUGAAGGGUGUAACCUGAGCUGCCUAGUGGCUAUUGGCCGAUUGCAUCCUCACAUCGUCCCUCAGCCCAGCCUCGCAGACAUCAGAGUCAAACCCACGGAGUAUGUGUCCAGACAUGCCAUCGACGGCAAGUUUGUGUUUGUUGACCAGAGAGCAACAGCAAUCCUCGCCUACCUGCCCCAAGAGCUGCUCGGGACCUCCUUCUAUGAAUAUUUCCAUCAGGACGACAUCAGUCAUCUGGCAGAGUGUCACAGACAAGUGCUGCAGAUGAGAGAGAAAAUAAACACCAACUGUUACAAGUUUAAAAUAAAAGAUGGCUCCUUCAUCACGCUCCGCAGCCGCUGGUUCAGCUUCAUGAACCCCUGGACAAAGGAGGUGGAGUACAUCGUGUCCACAAACACGGUUGUAUCGUGUCCCAUGAUGGAAGGGUCAGACUACCCUCAGUCUGCAGCUUCUCCACAGAGUAUGGACAGUGUUCUCACAUCAGAGGGCGGGGGGCGAAGAGCAUUGCAGACAGUGCCUGGAAUUCCAGGUGGGACAAGAGCAGGGGCUGGCAAGAUUGGCCGCAUGAUCGCUGAAGAAGUGAUGGAGAUUCAGAGGAUCCGAGGUUCCUCACCUUCCAGCUGUGGCUCUAGUCCUCUGAACAUCACCAGCACCCCUCCUCCAGACACCUGCUCACCGGGAGGGAAAAAGAUUCAAAAUGGAGGAACGCCUGAGCUGCCGAUCAUUCCUGGACCUGACUCUGUGGGCUACCCCUACUCGAACCAGUCCAUUAUGAGUGACAACUCCCACCUCAGUAUAGACAUCAUAGACGAACCGGGAUCCAGCAGUCCCAGUAACGAGGCGGCGAUGGCGGUCAUCAUGUCCCUUUUGGAGGCAGACGCCGGGCUAGGGGGUCCCGUGGACUUCAGUGACCUGCCCUGGCCUUUGUAAUGGUCCAAUGACUCCUGUUUGCCCCAGAGCCACUGCUGGACUACCCCAUGACUACACUGUAAAAAACACAAGCCUUCUUAAAAGAUCACUAGGUAUAGACAGGGUGCAGAGCUGCCGCUGUUUGGAUCCACUCCAAGUCAUCAUUCCAAGUGACCCGGAACACAAGAAGGAUAUGAACAGAUUAUCCCAGCGGUCCAGCUUCAACAUUAAACAACACUUAACUUUCUAUGCUGUGAUGAGAUGGCCGCUUUGCAGUGUUUAGUAAAAUGUUUUUCAUAACCAGAGUAACACGUCUGACUGAACUUUGUCUAACAGUGACUCUGCCUCGGCCAACACUGGACUCCUGCGCUAUCCUGAGAUGGUUUAUCUUUACAGUAGAGUUACAGCAGGUCUCAUGGGACAGACACAAAGCAGAAAGCACAGCGCUCCUCUACUGGAGGUUCAUCUGGGAACGGUCCCUCCUUCACUCAACCCCAAAAGGUCUACACGAUUAGGCUGCUCUGGUCAAGUGUGCAAUAGAGGUCUUUUCUAGACUGCUUCUCACCAUAUUGCAGUAAAUGACUCCCAGCAUUGGCAAAGAGCAAUCAUUCAAGUUGAUUUAUUCCUAAAUAUUAAUGCAAUGCACAAAUCAAGUGAAAUACAAUGAGAAACUGGAUUGUAUCAGACUGUGAAGACCUCUACUAUUGAAUUAAAACCUGAGAUGUAAUAUCUUGUAACUCUAAGGCUUUGGAUCUAGAAGGAAAAGUAUUGUUCACUGCCAUUAGCUGCACUCUGCUCUUGUACCGCUCCCUGUUCAGCAUCAGCAGAAAGCUCUGACGUCAGGGUCACACUGCCUCUCCACUACUUCACAUACGGUUCACUGAGCCCAAAGCCCAAAUACUACCACAGGAAAUGUGCUCAAACAAAUGGCUGUUGGGUGGCUUUGUGCGGCUGAUCAUGGGUGAUGUUCAAAUACCUCUGAGCUGGUUAGUGCUUUGUGAUACUCUGUGAGCCAAAAGGUGGCUACUUAAAACAUUCAAUGCAAACUAGCUUCGAGCUGAGAGGGCUAAUCUGUAGAAAGCUACGCAACAGGGUAGUACUGGUAUAGGAAUGAUGUUCUCUAAUCACUCUCUGUGGUCGGAGGUGGAGGGGGGGGUCUCUCAUAUUUCCAACAGAACUCUGCUCUUACAAAGGCUCUGUGUGAUUAGAGGAGGACUGGGCCUGAAGGAGGGUCCUGUCAUAUAAGAACUUAAUUAUUAUUUACAUUUUAAAGGUUGCCAUGGAGACAGAAGACAUCAUUACAUUAAAGCCACCAAACAAGAUAAAAUAAAUUGAGUUUACACAAUUGUUAACCUGUCUCUCUAAUUUAGUGUAGUCUUGAUAUUAAUACACUUAAUGAAAAACUGUAAAAAUGCUGUCAAUGUUCAGUUUAUUAGUAAAACAAAAAUCUUAAAAUGGGGCUUAUAUAUUUUGGGACCACAGUGCGAUUAAAUGUAAAAUUAAGCUUGAUUUCUUCCAUUGGCAAUGAAAACAAAUCUUGAAUUUUUUCCCAUUGUUUCCCACUCUAUUGUUCUUAGCGUUUCCACAUAGAAAAUGGAUACAACAUUGGAGACACCUUGUGGCCUCUUGCUGUAUUACACCCAAACUCCCUCAUGUAUCCAGCGUCUGCCCAGCCCUCCUCCAAUGAGACGGCAGCUUUCUUCCCCUGUUUCCUCUGGUCCAGUGGUUUUCUGUUCAAUGUUUCUACACUACAACACAGUGUCCCCAUGUUGCUACCCCUCCCACUGACAAUAAUGUAUCAGAUCUUUAAAUAUUAUCAUGUAAGAGUAUACUUUAUGCAAAUAUAUAUGAGUAUGAUGAGUGUAUUGUAUGUAUCAGCAGUGAAAUAUUUUUCAAAUAAAAUUAUUUGUUUCUGUCA